CGGGACCCAUCGGAGGGGGGCCCUGAGGAGGAGCAGCACUUGCUGGAGGAGACCACCGGGACGGGCUCUGAAGACCUCUCCCCACUCUGAAUUCAGGCUUCUACCUAAGACUCUCUUUUCACAAGGCCAGCCAGGGUCGGCUUCUUCAAGUCCUCUGAUUCCAGACCCCACCCAGGACAGGAGCCUUCACACCCAUUUCACAGAGGGCUAUGGUCAAUGACCCAGAGCUCAGGCAAACCAAAUCGAGACUCACGACCCAGUGGAGCGUGGAGGACGAAGAGGAAGCCGCGAGGCAGCGCCGCAGGAGGGAGCGGGAGAGACAGCUGCGGUCCCAGAGCGAGGAUGGGCCCUGCGGGACCAGCUCGUGCCCUGGGAUGGAGCCGGGGCAGCCGGAGCAGGAGAAGCUCCUUGCCCUGAAGCCCAUGGAACUGGAAGAGGAUGAGGGCUUCAGCGACUGGUCCCAGAAGAUGGAGCAGCGGAAGCAGAGAUGGGGUCCAGAUGGGAGCCUGGACGGCGGAGAGACCUCUCAAGAAGAAAGCCCAGAAUAUGAGGACCGAGCUGAGGGGUCCUCACAUCCCUCCUAUGAGGAGGAGGAGGAAGGGGACGAUCCUCCCCUGGGCCAAACCCAAGCCAGCCUGAGCCAGCUCUGCGUGGAUCCAGUGCCCAGGCCUGGGGAGGCCGCGAGAGACAUCCUGGAGGAAGAGAUCGGCCUUCUGGAGACGGGAAGCUGCCUGCGGGUGCAGGCAGAGUCCGAGGACAGAAAGGCAUCACUGAAGGCCACUCCUGUGGAGGAGGAGGAGAGGCAGCCUGAGGCCCCCAGCCCCUCCAGCCCAGAGGCCAGGGAGGAGCAGGACCCAGCACCCCUCAGUCCCACCACCAAGCUCAUCGACAGGACUGAGUCCCUGAACCGGUCCAUAAAGAAAAGUAACAGCGUGAAGAAGUCACAGCCUGCCCUGCCCGUGUCCAAGAUUGAUGACCGGCUGGAACAGUACACUCAGGCCAUUGAAACUGCUGGCAAGACCCCGAAGUUGAGCCGGCAGCCGUCCGUGGAGAUGCCCGCCAUGACCGUAGCCAGCUCCAAAAACCUGUGGGAGACUGGAGAGCUUUUGGCUCAGUCUUCGGCCAAGACCCCUCCAUGCAAGGACAUCGUGGCUGGAGACAUGAGCAAGAGGAGUUUCUGGGAGCACAAGGGGGGCAGCAAGACUUCCUCUACCGUCAAGAGCACCCCCUCCGGAAAGCGGUAUAAGUUUGUGGCCACCGGGCAUGGCAAGUAUGAGAAGGUGCUGAUAGAUGACACUCCGUAACCCAGCCCGCAGCCCGCUGUUCCUCUGCUGGACCUCAGACCCCAGAUGCCUUCGUCCUGGACAGACGCUGCUUCUACUCUGAAGGGGAGCCCCCCAGUCCCCUUGCCUGUGGCUCUUCUGCUAUAGAAUGUCCCGGGGGCCCCUCCCCCAGCUCUUCCCCGAGGAACUCUUCCCCAUCCUAUUUUUUAAAUCCAUUUUUUACUUGACUGCGCUGUCUCUGCCCCUGCCACUCUCUCUGCUCUUCCCUCUGGCACCUCUGAUUCUGUCUUGUGGCUAGGAAGCGAGCUGGGUGGCAGAGGGCCAGGUCUAAAGUCCUGGACUGCCUUCCUGCCUCUUAGGGGGGGGUCCUCCUCCCCACUGAAAGGCCAAGGUAGCCACGGUUUGCGCUCCAUGCGCUCAGAAAGCUGCCCGUGGGCUCGGCAGCCUCUCUGGCUGACCCAGACGAGGCCCUAGGUUUGGGUGUAUUGUGGGCUCCUAUCCCCCGUCCAAGCCCUUCCCUGCUUCCUGCUUGCCCCUCUCUGUCCUGCGUCCUGGAUCUCUGGGUAUUUUUUAAGUGCUUAAUAAAGGACCAGAGGUGGUUAUAACC